AUGGUGCCCAGCGUGCUGCAGCUGCUGGUCGACGAACUGCGCGAUAUACGGCGGAGCGUCAAGGGGGUCAAGAAGGACGUCUCCCGGCUGUCCUCCCAACAACUCUCCCUCGCCGACCGGCAUCAGGACGCCCUUCCGGUCACCAGCGCACCGGCCUCUUCCUCCUCCCUGGGGUCGCCCUGGCAGUCGCGCUCUUCCAGCCUCCAGGCCUUUGCAUCGCCGCAGCCGCAGCCGCAGCAGUCGUACUACCUGGCCCCGGGCGUGGCCGAGCUCUUUCCACACUUGACGCUCCCGGCUCGGGCGGCCCGGCUGGAGUUCCUGCGGCAGUUCCCCUUCCUCGAACGCUUCAAUCUGGCCACCCGCGACACACCGUUCGUCAUCGAUGACCUCCGGAAGCCGAUGGCGUUCUCGCGCGCAUGGCCGGACUUCACGAGGGGCGUAAUGCCCACUCCGAUCUUUGUCUACGCCAACCCGGCGUUUUGCGCGUUGACGCAGUACGAACUCGUACGCAACACCUGCAACGCCGUCGUCCCCUACCAUCACGAGCUGCAGGGAUGCGCGAUUGACAAGGUGGCCAUGACCGACCAAGCUAACAAGCCGACCUUCCUGCACCAUCUGACGCACAGGCCUCACGAGGACAUGACCGGCGUGCUGCACUUUUCCUCGCUGGCGCGAACGAAGCACAACCUCAUCUUCAAAGCGCACCUGCGCUGGCAGGUCUUCAUCGACACCCAAGGCAACCCACGAGGAGCUUCGGGCGCACUCUCCGCUCUUGGGUCACGAUAUUGA